CCGACCACUUGAGCCUUCACCUGCCUCUUCGGGAGGACGUGGCAGGAAGCUGGAAUCAGGAGCAGAGCCAGGGUCCAAGCCAGGCGCUCUGACAUGGGACACACGGGUACUCAGCUGAGUGUAACCACUAAUCCCAAAGCCCCGCCCAGCAUCUCAGCUCCGUGCACUGAGUUCAGUGAGGGCAGUGUCCUAUCAGCCAAUGAUACGCUGACGGUCCUUUGGGACACAAAGGAGAUCCACACCAGCUACCAAGGAAAUGUUCGCUUCAUUUCAUCCCCUAAACCUCGGUGAGGUUUUAUGGAUGAAAACCAAAAGGUGUUGAACCUGCAGACUCUGGGCUCUGGCCUGAGUCUGGAAGCCACGGCCCAAGGAGCUUCAGUGAGUGAGCUGAUCUGCUGCCCGCAAUGGAUUUCACAGAACACUUAGUGACACAGGCAAAGGCUGAGCCCCUCACGCCCAAGGAUAAAGGACCCUCUGAACACCCUGGCUACCCUGUAAUCCAGGGCCGUGGAAAGACUGACCUUACAUAUUUUAGGCAGCACAGGCGGAAAUGGGAGCUCAACCUUGUUUCAGGGCGUCUACCCGGCCCCCACUGCGUCCUAGGUCCCCUGGGCGCUGGGUGCUCGGGAUUAGGCUGGGAAAGGAACACGGGUCACAGCUCCCGCGCUCCAAAGACAGCACAGUGGUCUCAGAUAAGGAGGAAGUGUAUUUCGGAUUCGUUACAGAAACUCUCGACGUCGUGGAAAUCAUUUUCGACGAAAAGGACUGAAUAGAAGGAGCAUUUUUCUGGCAGGGAAGCCCAGCUUUAAACAGAGGGGUCAAGAGGAGAACAGGAGCCUACUAGGUUUCAAAUGCUCCCUCAGGGAUGAAAGACCUGUGAGGGAAGUGCCACAAAUGCAGAAUCAAAGGCGAUGGCAGCGUGGGUGGGACGGGCUUUCCUAACUCUCAGUGGUCUCUGCGUUGCUACAGGGAGCCCAGGGACUGCACGAAGGACAGACGCGCUCGCCGAGGCGCCGCCCCCAAUCAAUCUGAGAAGGAGGAAGACGACUUUGCAGGAAAGCCAAGUUCAAAGGGAACCCAGGCCCACUCACCCGCUGGAAGUUGGAAACAAAGGAGAAGUUAAUCAACACCAUUUUAAGGAAGAGAGCCACGAAGGGCGGGGAGACCGGGACCGAGGCGCUGCGCGAGCCCACACUGCCAUCUGCCGUCCACGGAGACUGAGAGCCGCCAACAGCACAGAAACCCGUCUCUUCCACAGCCGCUCUCCUAGAGGCCUGGAGGUCCUGCACGGUGCAGCCGAUCGCGACGAAAUCGAAAAGAAGACGAGGCACUGGCACGGACCAAAAGGCAUCGGCCCCAAAGCCCUGGGUCUCCGCGGAGACCUCCGGGCUACCGCCCUGGGAACCAUGGCAACGGCCGCCGGAAGCCGCAGCGCCACAGCGAAGCCCCGCCCCGGGGCGACCGGACUACACGCGGAUUGGCGGGUUCCGGGCCUGCGCGUAGGCAGCCGCUGAGGUCCAUUCCAUUCCAUCUCCCUGAAGGGGGAUUUGCAGCGGGGUUGCGAGUUGCUAACCGAAGGGCCUGAGGGGGCAAGUUCCGCACCCGCUGCCAGCCCGCCCGAACCUCCCAGACCGAUACCUGAGAGCCUGACUGAAUAGUCUAGUCUCUGUCCGUGACCAUGAGCGGUUGGCUUGUGGCUUCCCGCACCACGGCCACAGUGCACAGCCAGUCGCCCUGCACCCCUCCACCACCUCCCUGAUGAUUCCUGGAGAGGGAGGCAUCUGGCGGGAAUUCCCUGAGCUGCUCACACCCAGAGGCCCCAGUGCAUCUGUGGUCUCUGCGCUCCCUCAACAGCGGCUCCUCCUCUGCCCCCCUUUUCUCAGUCUCUGCCCCCGGGGAGGAAUGAAGCCUCCUUGCCUCUUGUUCUCUUUAACCAGGCGCUGUUUCAUUCCCUCGGGAUGGGGCUUUGAAGACACAGCACAGACUGGCAGACAGGCCGAGGGGAGGCAGGGAUGAGGGUUUCCACUGAGGUGGACACAGCCUGCUGGGGCCAGUCACCGCCUCCCCAGGCGAUGCUUAACCACACAGACCGCACUGCCAGGGUCUCAGCCGCCAGGCCACCGCAGGCGGUGUUUCCAGAGCAGAAGAGGGCACCUGGAGAAAACGCAGAAAGCCCAAGUUUCCUUGGACCUCCAGAUGUGCCUAGGUCUCUGGCCUCCCUAGGCCCACCUGCGCCUGCGGUCCUGGUCCCCUUCUGGCCCGCUGAGGGUCUGAUAUAGGAGCUCAGCAGAGUCCACAUUCACAAGGGAGUUCUGAUCGCUGGUUUAUGGCUCAGCCUCUCCGUGCCUGCCCUGAGGGCUUAAUAGCUGGGCCUCCUUGCCACCAGGCAGGACACGUGCAGGCCCAGCUCAUGGCCCAGGCUUCCUUUUCCUGAGACUUGCAACUCGGACUGGCCAGGGCCACAGAAGAGGAAACCGACUUCCAGCUUCUGAUCCCUCCCUCUGCUCUAUCCUCCUGGACAGAGAAUCCUCAGGGCCAGACAUUCCAUCUGGAGAGGAGCCCAGAGCAGCAGGCGUCAGGACCCAGCCUCACGCUGGAGCACCAGCCCCCACAUGCACUGUGCUCAUCACGAGCUUGUGCGUGCUCCCCAACAGGAUGCUACACCCCACUACCACACCUUCCCACCUCUCCUGCAGCUUUGCACUCUGUUCUGAGGUAGGUGGGCCCUGGGAUCUCCUGACACUGCUCAUGUAGCUCUUUUCUGUGGGAGAUGUGGCGUCCCCAAACCCACACCACUGCGUGUCAGAGACAGGAAUGAGGACCCCAGAGAUGCCACAAGCCUUCCUGCCACUCCAUCGCGGCCUAAAGUCUCCACUAUGCCUACCUCCCCUUGGGAGAAACACAGUGAGGGUCCUCCCAGCUCCCCGUCUGCUCUGCAUCAAUUCGGAAUGCUGGCACGUGCAUCCGUUACUUAGCAGAACAGGAGAUGGCACAGCGUGGAGAGUCCACGCCCUCUGCUUCUACCACACUGUCUGUGUGACACCUGUCCAGCCAGGGUUCCUGCCAGUGCAGCGUGCGAGACCAAACUGCUGUGCUACCCUCCCCUGCCUGCUCAAAGUCGCCAGCCCAUCCCGCCUGCAUGGAGCAUUCCCCAGCUCAAAUGUCCAAGCAGAUUCACGUUGCCGAAGCCACGUGCCCUUUGCUGCCCGGGACGUGGACAACACCCCGUUCCAAGGCCUUUACCUUUCUCGGAGUCUGUGGCAGCCAGUCCCUGGCCCCACUUCUACCCCUCUGAGCGAUGCCUCUGCAGUCUCCACGUUGGUCACUUUCCUUUGCUCCCGUCUACAAUCUCGGUUCCUUCUUGCUUCCAACCUUGCCCUGGGCUAACCUCACCCUGUUCCCGAUCCUGGGUGGUCACUGCACCACGCAGGCCUUUUACCAAGAGGACCUGAUUUCACCCUUCUGCCUUGUAUGCCGAUGGGUUCUCUGACCACCCACUCUCCGGGGGUAAUCUCAGCUGAGCCCCACGCCCCAACGGGCUAGGUAUCUUAUGUGCAUCUGCACACACAUAUUCCACAGGCCUUCAAGUAACCAGGUGACCCUAAAGCGGAGUCCCUUCUGACAUGGGUGGUGCUGACACCCACACAAUUCCUAAAACUCCUACGGUUGCCCUUAGCACUCCAUGAAUGCCCUGGAAUUCUCUGGAAGAGGCCAGCGCGCUAUGUUUCAUCAGCAAGUACGAGCUUCUACCAUCAACACUUUAUCUGCAGGAUCUAAAGCACACCAGCACAAUGACAAAGCCCUGCUUUUAUGUUCCAGGAGCAGCGUCCUAACAGGGCAGGUCCAUGUCCACAGCCGAGGCCUAGGCAUGGCCUGGCGGAGUUGCCAAGUCCUGGCCCCCAAUCUGUGGGGAGGGCACCCCUGUAUCUGUCCUUUAGAAUCACCCCAGGGCAGAUGUGCACACAGGCUGGUUCAGACACAUACGCACAGGAGCACGGUACCUGUGUUGCUUUAAAAUAUCAUCUUGCAGUUUUAGCUGUCUGCUGUUUAGCAUUUUGGAAGUUUUGUAUGAGGUACCUCUCUUUCGCGAGCUGCCUUUGCCUUGCUUAUCUCCUGCAGUCGUAUUUGAAUCAUUUCCAGGACUCGGCAGUGUUCAGGCCACGACUGCCCCUUUCCUACUGGAUACCCAGGUAGGCCCCAUGGGAGAGAGAAGGCCUCCUGGGGUGGAAGGAUCUGGAACCCCGUUGUCUUGGUAACCACUCUGCUGUUCCUUGCUGCUAGCUGGCUGAGCUCAGGCCAGGGUCCUCUGGGGUGAGAAGACAGCCCUCCCCAUUCUGAUGAAGCUCAGGGCUGAGGCUGGUUUCCAGGGAAACUGAAACCUGGCCCCUGAGACUCAUGAACAGCCAAGCAUGCACUGGGAUAGAGCAUGCAGGAUGGAGUCCCGGAGCCUGCCCGUGGAGCAGAUUGGUGAGCCAAUACUGAUGGGUGGAGACUCACGACUGGGCAUGCAUACAGACACACAUGGAGACUGCACUCACCAGCACGCCUUCUGCCCAGAGGUGCACAGUGGCCGUGUCUGGCUGGAGUUUCAAACACAUGGACGAUGCAGGACCCAGAACCCGCAAAGAGAGGGGGAGAUUCCUUACUGUCGUACAAAACUAUCCCGUAGCCUCCAACCCUGACUUAUGUGCACAUAGGCAUUACAUUAUAAAAAGAGCUCUAUGGAAGUACAAUCACCACACGAUAGUAUUCAUGCAACUAAGGAUACAGCGCAGUGACUGAGACAAUCUGCAGUGAUGCAGCCACCAGCACAGAGCAGUGUAACACCAGUUCCAUCACCCGCCUGAGGACCCCUUGCUCCUGCCAGUGCUCCCUCCCCACGACACCUGGAAGCCCAGGCAACUACUGAGGUCUUCCCCGUCUCUGUAGAUUUGCCCUCCUGUACUUUUCCUCCAAAGUGCCUCCUGCAAUAUGUGCCUCCUGUGUCUGGUUCUGUCCCUUCUGUGGCAGGUAUGAGUAGGAAGGCUCUGUUUAGCGUUCUGGAAUAUUCUGCCUAUGGAGAUAACACCUUUAGUUCACUCCUGUGCUGACUGGCAGACGUGUAGUUUCUAGUCUGCGCCCGCCAUGAACAUGGCAAGGAACAUCUGAGCAUGUGACUAGUGUGGACAUACGCCUUCCUUCAAUUUCUCCACGUUUCCAUUAGUUUCUGUUACAGGACUGCACUGGCUAGAGACGGCAGUGGGACAUAGGGUAGAUGUGGUACGAGGAGAUGCCGUUCCCCUGCUCAGGAUCUGAAGUGGAAAGCUUUCAUUCUUUCACUAGCAAAUAGGAUAUGAUCUGGGGGUUUCUCAUAAAUGCCUGUUACAGAGAGGGAGUGGGAGUGGGAGAGAGAGAGAGAGAGAUGGAAUUUUCCAAGUGGUUCAGUCCUCAAAUAGCCUGACAGCUGGCCUGGGUAAGCCCAAGGCCAGAAACCAGAAACUUCAUCAUCCUGGUCUCCCACAUGGGAGGCAGGGACCCACACACUUGGGCCAUUAUGCGCUGCAUUCCCAGGCAUCUUAGCAGGAGGCUGUGUUGCAAAUGGUGUAGCCAGAACUUGAUCCGGUGUUCAAUAUGGGAUGGCUACAUUGCAAGCAGCCUCUUAGCCUACUGCAGCACAAACUUAAGAAACUAGGUUCUGUUUCAUCAUGAAUGGGUCUUGCAUUUGUGUAAUGCUUUUUCUUUGCCUAUUAAUAUGGUGCUGUGAUUCCACUCUCUGUUUUAUUAACAUGUUGAAUUACUGCCAUUGAAUUUUGAAGGUGAAAUUAACCUUGCAGUCCUAGGAUCAGUCUCA